AACAGCCAUAAGGCCAUGUUGGAUCAGUGUAUCUGGGUCUUAGGUUCUCUGAUCCAGCGGAACCGUGCAUUUGGGGUGGGAUCUGUGCUGGACUACAGUGUGGAGGAGGAUCUGACAACAGAGGAGGCAGAGAGGAAGGAAAUGGACUCCUGUACCUCCGCAUCUGAGAAGGAGAUGGGGGAUACCAGCCGGAGAGAGAAGAAAUACCGUGCGCAUCAGGGGUUUGGGGACCGCCGAGGCGGGGUCAUCAGUGCUCGUACCUACUUCUACGCAGAUGAAGCCAAGUGUGAUCAGCACGUGGACACGUUCCUGAAUUGUAUCAAGGCCUCAAGUGGCAGCUCAGAGGACAGCUUUUUGGCCAUUAAGCUGACCGCUUUGGGAAGGCCUCAGUUCCUGCUGCAGUUCUCAGAGGUGCUGCAGAAAUGGAGGAGGUUCUUUCACCAGAUGGCUGCAGAACAAGGCAAGGCUGGGCUGACUCUGGUGGAGACCAAACUGGAAGUGAAGAAGUUGCAGGAGACCCUAGCAAGCCUUGGGAUUGCAACCAAAGCAGAAAGCCAGCACUGGUUCACAGGCGAGAACCUGGGCGUGUCUGGCACCGUGGACCUGCUGGACUGGAACAGCCUGAUUGACAGCCGAACAAAGCUCUCCAAACUGUUGCUCAUCCCAAACAUGAAGAGUGGCCAGCUGGAGCCUCUGCUCUCGCGCUUCACUGAAGAGGAGGACCUGCAGAUGAAGCGGAUGCUACAAAGGAUGGACAUCCUAGCCAAGAGAGCCCUGGAACUAGAAGUGAGGCUGAUGGUGGACGCUGAGCAGACCUACUUCCAGCCAGCAAUCAGCCGGCUCACCCUGGAGAUGCAGCGCAAGUUCAACACGGAGAAGGCUGUCAUAUUUAACACCUUCCAGUGCUACUUGAAGGAGGCGUAUGACAAUGUGACGAUAGAUGUGGAGCUCUCUCGCCGGGAGGGCUGGCACUUCGGGGCCAAGCUGGUCCGAGGCGCGUACAUGGAACAAGAGCGGGUUCGAGCAGCCCAGGUGGGCUAUGAGGAUCCCAUCAAUCCUUCAUAUGAGGCGACCAGUGAGAUGUAUCACAGGUGCCUGGACUACAUCCUUGAGGAACUCAGAUACAGCCAGGAAGCCAAAGUGAUGGUGGCAUCGCACAACGAGGACACAGUGAAGUUCACCCUUCGCAGAAUGGCAGAGCUGGGCAUUCAUCCCUCUGAGAACAAGGUGUACUUCGGGCAGUUGCUGGGCAUGUGCGACCAGAUUACCUUCCCUCUCGGGCAAGCAGGUUAUCCUGUCUGCAAGUAUGUUCCCUACGGCCCUGUGAAUGAGGUGCUGCCCUACCUGGCCAGAAGGGUCCAAGAAAACAGGGGCUUCAUGAAGAGAGCCAAGCAGGAACGGAACCUCCUCUGGAAAGAGUUCAAGAGAAGAGCGAUCACCGGCAGCCUCUUCUGCUAUCCAAGCCACUAAACUGCCCUGCCAAUGGGGGGGAUAUAGAACUUCUGUGAGGCUGCAGCACAUGUUCCAGAUCAGCAGACCUGGUGGCUUUUAAUGGAACUGCUGCUGUUUUCUCAGUUAAUCUUUUCCACCAACCUCCGUCCUCCAUGCAGAGGCUUUUUCCCUUGACAAAGACAUUGUCUUGUGCAUUCCUGUCUGACCCACACCAGUAAACCUCCAGUAAACACCUCUGCCUGCAUGCCCAUG